AUGUCUGAAGAUCGUAACAAACAAACCCAGUAUCCUUCAGAAGAAUCGUCAGAUUCCAGCAGUGCUGAGGAAUUAACUGAUAAUAAAUGCGAUGACGAUGAAAGUGAGGCUAGUUACGAUGAGGUAAAUGAAGACACAGAUUCUGAAGAAUCAACUUACAAUGAUGAAGCCCCAAUUGAAGAAUCUUCAUCUUACAACAGCUCUGACUUCGACGACAACGACGACGAUGAUGAUGAUAAAAGUUCAUUUAGUAAUGAUUCUGAUAGUGGAGAGUUCGUUCACAAGGCAAUAGAUCCUCAUCACACAGGGCAAAGAAACAAGGGGGAUGUGAACCGUGAAGAAACCUCACAAUACUCGUUAAACAUGAAGAGAUAUGAUCUUGAUGAAAGUGCUGAGGACAGCGCUUCAGAGGAAAGUGACUCGGAUUCUGAAAAGAAACCCACAGUAACGAUAGAUGUCGGUACGAACACAGAGGUCGUGAAAGGAAAAUUGACCAUGUCAAAAGUAGAGAUAGAGGAAUUCUUUGAAGUUAAAAAGGAGGAAUCUGUCGAAGAAUGCGAUGAAAUACUGGAAGCUGACAAUGUACAGGGGACUAUGUACGCUUUCUCCUUCCAGAAUAAUAGAACAAACAAAGAAGCAGUGAUGAGUCAAUCUAAGAGCGUGUCUUACAAUGAGAGUACACAGACAGAUUUCGUAGACCUUGAUCAUUCAGGUCACCAUCCGGUACCUUGUAUACAAUCCGAGAAAAAUGUCGACAAUAUUGCAGGAAGCCAGCUUUCAAAAUAUUCUGAAAAGACUACACAAACUGAUACGUUGUCUAGUAAUCCUUUAAUCCAAUCUUCCCAAAACACACAAACCGAUGGAUUCCUCUAUAUUAUGACGAAAUCAACAUCCGAGGGAACUACACAGAAAAAUUUAAGUCCACUCGUCUCGGCUACUGAGCAGUCCGAUAUCACAACAUCAGAAAUUACAGAAGGGAUUGUUGACGAUAUUAUAGACAGUCAUAUUUCAAAGUAUUCCCAAAAGACUACACAAACCGAUGCAUUCCUUUGCAAUUCUGUAAUUCAAUAUUCCCAAGAAACACAAACCGAUGGAUUACUCUUUGAUAUGACGGAAUCAUCAUCUGAGGAAGUUACUGUGACUGACUUAAGUCAACAAUUUUUGGCGACUGAGUAUCCUGAUAUGACAACAUCAGAAAUUACAAAAACAGAUUCAAGUCCACGAAUUUCGACGAGCCAGAGCCCCAAUAUCACAUCAGAAAUUACAAAAACAGAUUCAAAUCCACGUAUUUUGACAAGCCAGAACCCCGAUAUGACAACUUCAGAAAAUACAAAACCAGAUUCAAGUCCACGAGUUUCGGCGACUCAGCAUCCCAAUAAGACAAUUUCGACUCAACCAGAAACUCUGCUGACACUUAUAGAAAAUCUGGUUCAAGAAGAAGAGGGAACCGAAGACGAGGCGAAGACGAAUGAAAAAUAUCUGGAUGGAAGUAUAAAAUCUGAAACAUCUUCUGCUGAAAGUAUCCAGAUCGAUCUGGAGAAAGGUAUUCCUUGUAAUAAAUUGAAUAAUCGCAAGUUCAUUGAAAUGGAUAUUAAAAUAAGAGAAGAAAGAAUUCCACACAAGUUGAAAAAGGCCAGAAACAAAUCGCUUCAAAGAAACAUUGGAAAUUUAAAUGACUCUACAAAAGAGAAAAGGCAGGAUCCGAUCCUGUUAAAGAAAACAAAACGAAAGACGAGACUUUGUUCCACUUUCAACCUCUUGUCACGUGACAUGAUGACAGUUCGCCGUGUUUGUCAAUCUCACAAGAUUCUUAAAGGACAUGGAACUGCCGUGUCUCAGGCUCAAUAUCGGAUGUUAUAUCACUAUCGAUGGCCUCAAAUAUCAGUCACGAGAUUCUAA